CAUUUACCGCAGCGGUCAGCGAUUAACGUUUGCUAUUACACGCAAACUAUUGUAAUUAUUUACUCUAAAGGACCAAAUAAACAGUUUUGUAAAGAUGUUUGAAGCACGCCUUCUUCGCAGCUCAAUUUUAAAGAAAGUUCUGGAGGCUAUUAAGGAUCUCCUAACACAAGCAACGUUCGACUGUGAUGAUAAUGGAAUCCAAUUACAGGCUAUGGACAACUCACACGUAUCACUCGUGUCCCUGACACUCCGAGCAGAUGGUUUUGAUAAAUAUAGAUGUGACAGAAAUAUUUCUAUGGGCAUGAAUUUAGGAAGUAUGUCAAAAAUCCUAAAAUGUGCGGGAGACAAAGACACAGUUACUAUGAAAGCACAGGAUAACGCCGAUACAGUCACAUUUGUUUUUGAGAGUCCCAAUCAAGAGAAAGUGUCAGAUUAUGAGAUGAAGCUUAUGAAUUUAGAUUUGGAGCACUUAGGUAUCCCUGAGACUGAGUACAGCUGCACAAUUCGUAUGCCAAGUGCAGAGUUUGCCAGAAUCUGCCGUGAUCUCUCACAGUUUGGAGAAUCGAUGGUCAUAUCUUGCACAAAAGAAGGUGUUAAAUUCUCCGCAAGUGGUGAUAUUGGCUCCGCUAACAUCAAGCUUGCACAGACAGCUUCUGUGGAUAAGGAAGAGGAAGCUGUUGUUAUUGAGAUGGAUGAACCAGUCACACUUACAUUCGCCUGCCAGUACCUUAACUACUUUACUAAGGCCACAUCAUUGAGUCCACAGGUUCAACUCUCAAUGUCAGCAGAUGUGCCGUUAGUAGUAGAGUACCGCAUACCUGAUAUUGGUCAUAUUCGUUACUACCUAGCCCCUAAGAUUGAGGAGGACGACAACUAAGCUAAUUAGGAUUUAACUUAAUAUGAAUAUAGCCACACUAUCAUGUCAAAUUACUGAUACAAAGUUUGUUACAUUUAAAUUGUGAUAUUCUGGGAACACGAGCAAAGUAUUUUCGGUUAUUUUUUUCUAAUAAAACAAUACCCAAUCA